AUGGCCAUGGCCGGCCUGGCCGCCGUGUCAUGGUUCAUCGGCAUCGAGAUCAACGUAUCUCUCUUCCUGCUCUUCAAGCGCAAGAAGGGUCUCUACUUUUGGUCGUGCGCGAUAGCCUCCUGGGGCGUCAUCACGCAGCCCCUGUUCAUGCUCCUCGCCGACUUUCACGUCUGGAAGGACCCAGUGCCGGCGCUCGUCCUCAUCUACAUCACCUGGUUCCUCAUGGUCAUCCCGCAGAGCUGGGUGCUGUACUCGCGGCUGCACCUGCUCAUGCGCGCGACCAAUACGCUGCGAAUCAUAAAAUACAUACUCAUCUUCACCUCGAUCGUCUUUGCCAUACCGACCAUGGUCAUCGGUGUGUUGGCUCAAGCCACAAACGUGAAUCCCGCGCUUCGCCGGUUCAACAUGAAAUGGGACCGCGUCCAGCUCUUCGUCUACUUUGCCCAAGAAACCGCCCUCAGCAUGCUCUACAUCAUCCAGACCUACCGGCACCUCCGCGACGUCCUCCCCCUCCGUCAGCGCUUCUUCUCCCUCUCCUCCUCCGCCACGCGCGACUCGGCGCGCUCCGACGAGCGCUUCUCCGUGCUCCGGCACCUCGCCCUCGUCAACGUCGUCAUCAUCGCCCUCGACGUCACGCUGCUCGGCAUCCAGUGCGCCGACCUCUUCUACCUGCAGGCCGCGCUCAAGCCGUGCGUCUACGGCGUCAAGCUCAAGAUCGAGUUCUCCAUCCUCAACCGCCUGAUCACCAUCGUCCGGCACCAGGCGCACCCGAGCGAGCGGGUGGAUAGCCGCGGGGGGGUGUAUUCGGGGAGCGAGGAGGGGCGGGUAGACAUCUUUGACGGCACGGCGCUGUACCAGGAGCGGGUCGGCGGCGCGCGGCACUGGGAGCCGGGCAAGGAUCCGGCGUUGCGGUACGAGCAGAGGCAGCAAGGGCCGAGUGCCACGUUGUAA